UUACGGUCCCUGGUAUAGAAUAUUUCGUUUCGUUGCCUUUUUGAUUAUAGUGAGUACUAGGCUUAAAGGAAACCCAAAUAUGGAGUCGAAUAUUGAUAAUGACGCCAUCGAUGUUGGCGUCUUGGCGCCAAACGACCAGGAAAACGAAGACGCCAAUCGGAUUGGGAAAAUUGCAGUCGCUGUGGGCACUCCGGUGGCCAAGAAAACGAGCUGUGCGGCUCUCAAGCGAAUGAAUGCCACUUCGGAAAAGGAUUCGCCCACACAGCCGGAUCCUCCGAAGAUUCCCGGAACUCCUGACAAUCUUUGCCCAACCACAAACGAAACCUCGCGAUGCAGUUGCAAGAAAAGUGUGCGUUCUGCGAUCGACUACAAUGAUAUUAUUGUCAGAACCGCAUAGAUGGUUAUAGCCGCAGCUCCAGCCGUUGAUCCCGAGGACGAAGAAGGAGGGCAAAAAUUCCCCCAAGCGCAGCCACAAGCUGGGGGAGACUCAGGAUCAAAAGGAGGAAUCAGGAGGAAACUACAAAGGUUCCAAAAGACACAGAAGCAGUCAAAGAAAAGGAGACAAAUUCAACCAAAUAUGCGGUUUCCGAAGCAGAUAUAGAUGAAAUGGGCUUGUUUUUCCUGAAAAUGGAUAUCCAGGACCAAGAUGAGGAAGAUAUACCAGGUGAAGCAUCCAGAUCAACUGCUCCACAGGAUUCAAGUCUUUGAGAAAAACCACAAUAAUAAUGAGGACAUUCGGCCAGCGAUUGGAAUAAUACCAUGUCGCGAACCGUAAACUUUCAAAGUCCCAUUGAUAUUUCCACUUGAGAGGACAUUGAUAGGCGCUGGAAGGGACUUCAAAAUAACAAUCUUAAUCAUCGUCGUAGGCGAUCAAAGUCCUUAGAUGCAAACCGCUGCAAAGAGAGUCGGAUUCCCAAGCCGAGUUGGCGUAAGUCUUAAAUCAAUCUUAUAACAAUUCUAAUUAACAGAAGUUGAUUAUCUUUUUGGAAGUUAUACCUCUGAACAAAACCAUCACACCCAGCAAGGUGAAUAAACGCACCAAGUUGUGAAAGCUGCGCAGAGUUCCACUUCUGUGGAGCAGCGUGAACGUCCAAAGGCGCU